AUGUGGGUAGGUAGUGGUGCUUGCUUUUUUGUUAAAAGUGCUGGUGCCGUCAACUGCAGCAUUGAUAAUGGAGGGUGCCCCCACAAUUGCACAGAUCUCGAAGGAGGUGGUAUGAUAUGUUCCUGUCGAAGCGGUUUCAAAAUGAAAGAUGAAAAGACAAAGGAAUGCGUGGAUAUUAAUGAGUGUGAACUUUCGAAUAACAAAUGUCCUCAGCUCUGCGACAACAUAAAAGGUUCCUACAAAUGCUUGUGCCAUGAAGGCUUCCAAGACCCUUUAUUACCCACUCCCAAAUGUAAAUAUACAAAGGAAGGCAAAGUAAGCAUCUUCAUGUCUGUGAGUAGCGGCAUCCGAAGAUUUGACCCCAUAAUCAAAGAAUACAUGAGCACCUUACUCUCCAUACAAAGAUCCCAGGGUUUAGCAGUCGACGUUGAACGGUCAACCCUUUACUGGACAGAUAUGAUCAGCAAAACAGUGAUGCGUUCUUAUAUUUCUAAAAAAUCUGAUAAUGUUGGAGUCCCACAAGAUCUGAAACUCAAUAAUCUAGAGGAACCAAAUGGCAUUUCCAUCGACUGGAUAUCAGGGAAUGUUUACUGGACUGACUCCAAAAAGAAAAGCAUAUCUGUGGCAGCUAAAGAUGGA